AUGGUAACGGUGGUCAACUCGAAAGCCGAUGUCCUGAAGGCCUCCCAGGCGCUGGCCGUCAACCUCAAUGCUGCGAAAGGGCUGCAGGAGGUGAUGAAGUCCAAUCUGGGGCCUCGAGGAACGCUGAAAAUGCUGGUGGGUGGUGCUGGGCAGAUUAAGAUCACCAAGGACGGGUCUGUCCUGCUCGGCGAGAUGCAAAUUCAGCAUCCUACUGCCUCCAUGAUCGCCAGAGCCGCAAGUGCGCAGGAUGAGUUCACGGGAGACGGAACGACGUCUAGCGUGAUGUUCAUUGGCGAGCUGAUGAAGCUCGCGGAGCAGAGCCUUGCGGAGGGUCUUCACCCGAGGCUCAUUGCAGAGGGCUUCGAGCUGGCUCGGGAGGAGACCGUGAAGUUUCUGGACUCCUUCAAGAUCCACAUGGACGACCCGCUCACCGACCGGGAGAAGUUAGUUUGCGUUGCGAGAACAUCACUCAGGACGAAGAUCGCCCCGGGUCUCGCGGAUCCCAUGGCAGAGGUUGUUGUCGACUCCGUGCGCAUGAUCAAGAAGCAAGGAUCCCCGCUCGACCUGAACAUGGUGGAGAUCCUUCACAUGAAGAACAAGCUUGUGACGGAGACCCGGCUCAUCAAGGGCCUCGUCUUGGACCAUGGUGCCCGGCAUCCUGACAUGCCAAAGAGGCUUGAGAACUGCUACAUCCUGACGUGCAAUGUCUCCCUCGAAUAUGAGAAAAGCGAGGUGAACGCAGGAUUCUUCUACAGCAGCUCCGAGCAGCGGGAAAAGUUGGUGGAUUCCGAGCGGAAAUUCACAGAUGAAAAGGUGAAAAAGAUCAUCGAGCUGAAGCGGAAAGUCUGCACCGAGGAAAACGGCAGGACGUUCGUAGUCAUCAACCAGAAGGGGAUUGAUCCGCCAUCCCUGGAGAUGUUGGCUCGGGAGGGGAUCAUUGCCCUUCGCCGAGCCAAGCGCCGGAACAUGGAGCGCCUGCCGCUUGCAUGCGGCGGCCAGGCUGUGAACUCCGUGGAUGACUUGGACCUUGACGACCUCGGCUAUGCCGACCUUGUGUACGAGCAGUCGCUGGAGGAUGACAAAUUUACCUUCAUCGAGGGCGUGAAGAAUCCGCACAGCUGCACGGUGUUGAUCCAGGGCUCAACGGAUCACGCGAUCGCGCAGAUGAAGGAUGCCAUCAAAGAUGGCCUGCGAGCCACGCAGAACUGUGUCGAGGAUGAGGCCAUUGUGCCCGGCGCAGGAGCUUUUGAGGCUGCCGCAGCAUCGCAGAGUCGCAACAAGUGA